GACAGCCGGAGUGGGUGACCGUUUGCUUGCCUGCUAUCAGCGAGUAACCUAUUUAUUUUUUGCAAAUAUUUUUGUGCAAUAAAGUUAUAAUUAGUUUUUAUCAGUUGCCUGAGUAUAUAUCUACUCAAGCAUUCAUUAUACUUCUCAUAACAACCGGCUCUAUACACUUGGCAGCAAUGGUCGUAUCAGAAGAUCCUCAGCCGGUGAUGGAGGGUGACGCGGCCAGCAAGAAGGCGGCCAAGAAAGCGGCAAAGGCUGCCGAAAAACAACAGAAAAAGGCUGAGCAUAAGGCGGCAUCAUCACAGCAGCAACAGACAGAGGAGCCGGAUUUCUCAGCUGGGUUGUACGGGGUCCGCAAGCUGAUCCAGUCAUCCGGGGAGUUUGCGGACAGAGUGUACACUGAUGUAAGGGAUUUGGCUGUCGGGCUGGACGGGAAAGAGGUCUGGGUUCGAGCUCGUCUCCAAACUUCUCGUGCUAAAGGCAAGCAGUGCUUCGCUGUGCUCAGACAGACUUCCAGCACCGUCCAGAUGCUGGUCAGCGUCUGUGAGGAACGCAGGGUCAGCAAACAGAUGGUCAAGUUUGUUGGCAGUAUAACAAAAGAAUCCAUAUUGGACGUGCGAGCCACUGUGGUCAAAACAGCGUCCCCCAUAGAGUCGUGUACGGUCAAAAACGUGGAGUUGGUUGUCUCAGAAGUGUGGACCGUCUCGGCCGCGAAGCCCCAACUGCCUUUGCAGAUCGAGGACGCCGCUAGACCGGAAAUAUCUGACGACCCGGAAGCGUUGAAGAUCCGCGUCAACCAAGACACCCGUUUGGACAACAGAGUUUUAGAUCUAAGGACUCCUGCGAACCAGGCAAUAUUCAGGAUUGAAGCGGGUGUUUGUCGGCUGUUUCGAGACAUUCUUACUCAAAGAGGUUUUGUAGAGAUCCACACGCCGAAGAUAAUCUCUGCUGCAUCGGAGGGCGGCGCGAAUGUGUUCACGGUGUCCUACUUCAAGGGCGCGGCGUAUCUAGCGCAGAGCCCGCAGCUGUACAAGCAGAUGGCCAUAGCCGCUGACUUCGAUAAGGUGUUCACAGUGGGCGCGGUGUUCCGCGCGGAGGACUCGAACACACACAGACAUCUGACGGAGUUUGUGGGACUGGACCUCGAGAUGGCGUUCAAGAAUCACUACCACGAAGUCGUCGACACUAUCGGACAGACGUUUACGGAUAUAUUUAGAGGACUUAGAGACCAAUUCGCGAUAGAAAUAGCAGUAGUGGGACAGCAGUAUCGAGUGGAGCCGUUCAAGUUUCUCGACCCGCCUCUCAGGCUGGAGUUCCCGCAGGCGGUACAGAUGUUGAAGGAGGCGGGAGUAACAAUAGGUGAAGAAGACGACUUAUCAACACCUGACGAGAAACUCCUCGGCAGAUUGGUGCGCGCGAAGUAUGACACGGACUUUUAUAUUUUGGACAAGUAUCCGUUGGCUGUGAGGCCCUUCUACACCAUGCCCGACCCUAAUAACCCUAAAUGGUCGAACUCUUACGAUAUGUUCAUGCGCGGUGAGGAGAUUUUGAGCGGUGCUCAGCGAAUACACGACCCCGACUUCCUCACUGAGAGGGCGAAGCACCACGCGAUUGACAUCAGCAAGAUAGCUGCGUACAUUGAGUCCUUCAGAUUGGGUUGUCCUCCGCACGCAGGCGGUGGUAUUGGCAUGGAACGAGUUGUGAUGUUAUACCUCGGACUGGACAACAUCAGGAAGACUUCUAUGUUCCCACGCGACCCCAAAAGGAUUACGCCUUGAAUAUUUUAUUAUAAUAAAAUAACAUGUAAUCAUUUUUGUAAUAUAAAUUUUAUUAUUAA